ACGCGACACCGAGCGCACGUCGCCCGUCCACACAUCUCUCACGUCCAAACCGCGUGUUGAAAAUAAAGAUUGCUAAAUUAAAUUGCUAGUGUAAACCUAUUUGGUGGGUAGUGUUUUGUUCCCUGCCCAGUGACGUCAUAAACGAGGGCUUAAGUUCGAAGGCGAUUGUAUCCAAAUGUACGAGGGCUAAACAGUAUUUUCAGUAGAAGGUAAGACACUUCACGUGCCUAUCUACUGCUACACUGCUACGGUUACUUCAUUAAAAGGAACAUACGUAGAGUAAGACGUAAUCGAACAUAGCCGAGACAUGCCGAACAUGCCCGAAGGUGAAAACGAAACGAAAGUGUCCCAAAAUUAAUUUGCCAUGACAUCCGAGGAGCCUAUCGAUGUCGUCGCCAAAAAAGACGCCAAAAAGACAGAUGAGUGUGCUAACUUCGCGUUACCAGACAAUAAAAAGGACAAAAGUGUGGUGGAUCAAAAACAAAAGCGUUCACAAGAACUAAUGAGGCUAGUGUACGAAUUACCCGAAGAAAUUAAGAACCCGGAUAUAAUAGAAAAUAACAAUAUGUUGAAAGAGAACCCACCGAUCACGAUCGUGGAGAUCACAGAACAGAAUGGUUGUGCUGAGCUAAAUGCUACUCAAUGUGAUAACGAUUAUUUUAACAUAGACGGCAGUCCAAAGGACUUAGGCAAUAAGGUGGUAUACGACGUGCUUGCUACAAACGAACUGAUAAUGCACUGUGCGGAGGAGUUCAAGGAGGUUAUAGAUAGGUCGUCGCCUGAUGAUUGCACUGACGAGGACUUGUUAGAGUUGAAGAAGUUACUGGAAGGAAAGCCAAAAGUGUUGGAUAGGUAUAUUCGUGAAUGUGCAAGUACGGACGAAGUGACAAGACUGCAUAGUCUAACAUCAUCGGGUCCUUUGUCUCCAAGGCCACACCACGAGGCUCGGAGUACAUCGGUGACGUCAGACCUGUUCCAACUAUGGCUGUCAUCGUCUCCGGUUAAGAGGUCACGGUCUCCCAGCGGGUCAGCACAGAAGCAGCUGGAUGAGGCUGACCUGUUCAUGGACCUCAUCAAAGAUGUCGCCAACGAACUGGAUAUUGAUGUGUUAUGUCAUAAGAUCCUGGUGAACGUGUGCCUGCUAACAUCAGCAGACCGAGGCAGCUUGUUCCUGGCGAAGGGGAUCCCUCCUAACAGAUAUCUUCAGGCGAAACUGUUUGAUGUCACCAGAGAUACAGAACUAACCGAUGCCUUAAAAACAGCGCGGUCACAAGAAAUCAAAAUCCCUUUUGGUGUUGGAGUAGCAGGACUUGCAGCACAGACCAAAUACCCUAUCAAUAUCAAGAACGCUUAUGCUGACCCGAGGUUCAACAGUGAGAUUGACGCUCGCACCGGCUACAAGACGGAGCUCAUACUCUGCAUGCCAAUCUGCAACUACGAGGGUGACGUCGUUGGAGUCGCACAGAUCAUCAACAAGACUGAUGGAUCCAAAGAAUUUUCUCCCAGAGACGUGGAAGUGUUUCGACGUUACCUCACGUUCUGUGGUAUCGGCAUCCAGAAUGCUCAACUCUUCGAGUCCUCAGUGCUGGAGUACAAGAGGAAUCAGAUCCUAUUGGCGCUGGCCAGGAGUAUAUUUGAGGAGCAGAGCAACUUAGAGUGUUUGGUCACAAAGAUCAUGACAGAAGCGAGAGAACUGCUCAAAUGUGAACGGUGUGCUGUCUUUAUUUCGGAUACAGAUCAUUGUGAAUCGAGUCACUUAGAGCGCAUAGUCCAGCGUCCCGGCGGUCAGAAGUCAGCGAUGCCGGCGCUUCCUCCACCAGCUCCCACCAGGUUCCACACACUGUUCGAGCUGGGGGCACACCAGUCCAGGACCACACUCACACCACGACAUGACUACAAGUCUACACUAGCGUCUAUUGCAUUAGCGGUGGCGCAGUCAAACAAAGCUCUGAACAUCUCAGACGUGGCUGACUGGAGGCGGGAGAACGGUAUGAACGCGUCAGACGUGGAUGAUGCUGCCACUGUCAGAACCAUGCUGUGUAUGCCUAUUGUCAAUGCUAAUAAGGACGUUAUUGGCGUGGCACAGCUUAUCAAUAAGGAGAACGGCUGCCAAUUCACCGAAGGCGACAUUUCGAUAUUCGAAGCAUUCGCCAUCUUCUGUGGACUUGGGAUACACAACACACAGAUGUAUGAAAACGCUUGCAAACUCAUGGCUAAACAGAAGGUGGCGCUGGAAUGCCUAUCGUACCACGCGACGGCUUCUGCAGAAGACACGAGCAAACUAUGUAACGACAACAUUCCAUCCGCAGAGAUCUACAAUCUGUACAGUUUCCAGUUUCAUGAUUUUGAUCUAUCAGACGAAGACACAUGCAGAGCGACGCUGCGUAUGUUUCUACAAUGCAACCUGGUUGAGAAGUUCCACAUUCCUUAUGAUGUCCUCUGCCGCUGGAUCCUCAGCGUGAAGAAGAACUACCGUCCAGUGAAGUACCAUAACUGGAGGCACGCACUCAACGUAGCUCAGACCAUGUUCGCAAUGUUGAAGACAGGCAAGAUGGAGCGAUUCAUGUCAGACUUGGAGAUCCUGGGUCUUCUCGUGGCCUGUCUAUGUCAUGACCUGGAUCAUAGGGGGACCAACAACGCCUUCCAGACGAAGACAGAGAGUCCACUCGCAAUAUUGUAUUCGACUUCCACGAUGGAACAUCAUCAUUUCGACCAGUGUGUCAUGAUUCUUAAUAGUGAGAGCAAUAAUAUUUUCCAGGCACUGUCACCGGUGGACUACAAAGAUGUGAUGAGGGUGGUAGAAACCGCGAUCCUCUCGACAGACCUUGCGAUGUACUUCAAGAAGAGAGCCAAGUUCCACGAACUGGUGGAGAAUGGAGAGUUUGAUUGGCAGAGUCAAGAGAAGAAAGAAUUGCUCUGCGGCAUGAUGAUGACAGCAUGCGACGUGUCAGCAAUAGCGAAGCCCUGGGAAGUACAACACAAGGUGGCCAAACUAGUGGCCGACGAAUUCUUCGACCAGGGAGACCUGGAGAAACUGCAGCUAAACCAACAACCCAUUGCUAUGAUGGACAGGGAGAAGAAAGACGAACUGCCACAGAUGCAAGUAGGCUUCAUCGACAUGAUCUGCCUGCCGCUAUACAAGGUGCUCUCAGACACGUUCCCUUGGAUACAACCCCUGUACACCGGCACUAUGGACAACCGACAGCGAUGGCAGGACCUCGCGGAGAAGGUGGAGAUGGGACUCACGUGGAUCGAUCAUGACACUAUUGAUAAGCCUAUUGAGGAAUUUACUGCAUUAAAUGAGCCCAUAAAAGACGUGGAGCUAACAGUACAGACAUUGAACUGCUCAAAGCCGAUACCUGAGAGUAGUAGUAGCAUGGCGCUGGUGAAACCGUUGAAGACUUCCUUCCACUCCUUGAGGAGAGGCAAGAGCUCCAACUUCACCACCAGACCUGCCAGGAGUAAGCUUACCAGUAUGUUUCAGAUCAAUGUACGCGGCGGCAAGCUCUCGGGAAAGCGAGAAGCAGCCGGCGCUGGUGAAGAAGAGCACCGUGGUCAGCGACAACCACCACACCACGCUGCUGCAGGAGGAGCUGCCGCCCAAGGCCAAGCACAAGGCCAGGCUCUGCCACAUGUUGUGACGGUUGAGCCUCAACUGGGGCAGCCAGAAUAGUACAGAGAAACCUGAAAAGCUGGACAGAGUGAAGCCGUCCAAAUCGAUUGAUUAAGCUAACUGGGUAACGUCACUUUAUAGGAGUCACUCCUGUCUUCCUUCAUUGUAUGGUGCAGUUUGAAAAUGACGAUACGAACCGGCGAAGAAGGCACGCUGACGUGAAAAGUUCCGUGUUUGACAUUGUGGCGUCGGAAACGUUGACGUGAAUUCUACAAGGUGACGAGAGGAGCGGGUUGUACUCUCUACUUCGACUCGUGUGAGUCAAAACGUCGUUUUAUUAAUAGUCGUUACCGUUGUACAUUUCUACUGUUAGAUACUUCGUAUUAAGUAGUUUACGUGGAACUUGUUUUGUACUGGCUGGACAGAGUUAGGGAAGUACUCUCGCUAGCUGCCUUGGAGGUUGUAUUUAUGUAGAAAAUGUAGUGUCAUUUUAGCCAGUAAUUUAUCCAGUAAAAAAACAACUAAAUGUUUACUCAAUGAAUAGUCUGUCUAUUGUAUUAAAAUUCACAUAACUUUGUUCAGUCAAUCAAAAAGUUUUAGAGAACAAAAAAUAAAAACUAAAAAUAAUUUUUAGUAUUUUAAUCUCCGCGUCUUAUUGACGUUAACAAUGUUUCCUGUAAAGCAAACUUUAGGUAAAUGUUUAUCUAAUUAAAUGUAUUAUUUACAUAGACUGUGAUCUAGUAUUACUUCACGAUGUUCUAUUUUAAAAACAACAGAUGAGAUCGAUUUUUUCGGGUUUUUGUAACUCGGAAUUCCGAGUUAUUGUCAUUCAAGGUUUGUGGGUUUUUUAGUGUGAAACAUUUCGAGUUGUGUUGCAAUCCACUGCAUUAGUACUUUAUUGUUGUUUAAAAGACUUGGAUGCAGAUCGAGGUUGUAUUUCCUAUCGCUAGUCCUAAGCAGUCUCGCUGAAGACCAGCAGCUGCAGAUCACGUCACUGUCCUCUCUUCUGUACCUUCUAUAACAGCUAUAUUAAUAAUAUUUUCUAACUUACCAUUAAGAUCUAUCGACUGUUUAUAUUUUAAAAUAGAAUGAUCGUUUCUUGGCCUGUGAAUAAGGAGUAUGUAACUACUAAGUGUGUAAGCGAAUGUUUUCGUCUUUUACAUUAUAAACGUUCAAUUAAAUUAUUUUUUUAUUUAUUGGAGCUAAAAGUAUUAUGAUGCUAGUCGUGUGUUAUGUUGUAUAGAUAUUUAUUAAUGUUACUGUCGAACGUAAACUUACGUCCAAAUGCUUAUGAAGCUUGAUUUGUGCAAUAUUGGAAUACUGAUGUUAAAGUAUUUGAGAUUAUUUUAUUACCAGUAUGUUUAAGCGUCAGCAAUAUUUUAGGGUUUUUUAAAAUGUAAUCGAUUCAGUACAAGAGAUGGGCUUGCGUUGUAUUAUAAUUAGCUCUUGUACACUUUAGCCCGUGACAUUGUUUCCAUCGACGAGUUACUACGUACUUUAUUACGGCUCGUUUCAACUAUAACGACAAUGCACGGUAAAGUGAGUGAUCAAGUGCAGGAGCCACAAGAUUUUAAAAUAAAUUUUAAAUCUUUUUGGAUAAAAACUUUUAGUAUUAAAAAUAUAAUUAAAUAAUGAAACGUCAUACUUUGUCUUUUACCAUUGAAGUAGUCCGAAUGUUGUAACGAAUAUGUUUUAUUCAAUUUUAAUAGAUUUCCGUUUAAUAUAUUGUAUGACCUGUUUUAUAGAACGAUAUUACAUAUAUUAAGAGAGCCUUCGAAACAAUAUGUCGAUGUCAAAUAAUGUGCAAUUUUUACUAUUGUUAAAAUAGUUUAGAUAUCUGCUCCCAUGUUGGCAAAAUGAAAAGUUAUGCUUUUAAGACCAGACCCGAGCGUACGGCGUGUCGCGUUCCACGCGCGCCUCAAAGAGCCAUCAGACCACCACAGACGGGGCCCAACAGGGUCGAUGCCGA